CGCGCGCGCGACCUGUGACGCAACGGCUCUCUAGAGGUCACGUGAAAACACACUGGCGAGCGCAAACAUGUCGCUGGUGUAUAUCGCGGGCGUUCGUCGCGUCUGUUGAACUCAAUCUUUAUCAUUGUCGUCAAAUUAGAAAGAAACGGUUAGAGAGAUGCAGCGACGGAUUUUGAGCUCGCUCGCGGUGCUGCUGUGCGCGGGGACGCGCUUGGUUCAGGGUAAAGAUUAUUGUUUUGGUGUGAAUAAUGAGCAGUACAGAUGUGAGAUGGGUUACUGUUGUGGAGAAACUGAAUGCUGCACUUAUUAUUACGAGCUCUGGUGGUUCUGGUUGGUGUGGACUCUCAUCAUCAUGUUGAGCUGUUGUUGUGCGUACAGACAUCGACGUGUGAAGAUGCGUUUACAGCAGGAGCAGAGACAGAGAGAGAUCAGCCUCAUGGCAUAUCAGGGCGCCUCCAGCUCUUUCGUUUCUCCACCUCCUCUUAAUCUUCGGUUCUGGACCGAUUGCAAGCUGCCCGACUACGAAGAGGUCGUCGGUCAUCCCCCAACGCCCCCUCCACCUUAUUCGGAGGGGCCCCCAAUUGUCCAGCCCCCUAGCAGCCAAUCGGAGGCCGCCGUGGUCCUAGAACCCUCCGAGUCGGCGGAGUCUGAGAGACCGGAGUGCGACGAGUCUGAUCAGGACGAGCCGAACACCCGGCGCAGGCACGUGACGGGCGAUUCUGGUAUCGAGGUGUGCGUAUGCCAGCUGGACACGGACGAGGGUUCGGGGCCGGAGGAGGAGGGCCGGCUGUGCCGGGGGACGGCCGGCGGGUGCUGCUCCGAACCUCAGGCCGACGGCGACAAGGGCGUGACGCCUGAACCCACCAUCGCCGCCGAGCGACUCGUCUGAUGAUGACGAGGAAUUUUGAGCUCGCAUCUCAUGACAGAGUAAUGUCUUUGAUUUGAUAGCGAUCAUGAUAACAGCUUUAAGUCUGUUUAUUUCUGUCUUUCUCCUUGGCUUGACUCUUGACACACACACACACAGAAGGUUCUGGACAGCAGACGGUUGUUUGUUUUGCACACAGCUGCACCAUGACAUCAAUCCCAGAGUGACUGCCACACGUCCCAGAACAACAAAACACAAACACACUUCAGCAGCAUGAUGCAAAGAUCCUCUCAACAGUGUCAGGUAAUCGUGUACAUGUAAUCUACUGACAUGUUAUUCGUCUGGUGAUGUACGAUCAGCACUGAUAGAGCAGAUAAACAUCUUUAUUUUUCUGUUGUCCCUGUGCUGCUGUCUACAGGAUUUUCAGUAGCCGUGACAUGAGCUUGUGUGUGUAAGCAGGAUGUGAUGUUUGUUAGAGACAUCAAGGUGUCAUUAAUCUUCUUCUAGUGUGAAUGAAAUGGUUAAAACUUGCGGCUGACGGCAGAUCCCUCAACAAGGACACGUUUGUGUGUUUUCCAGACAGGAUAUUCACUACUGGCUCAUCAGAGUAUCUGAUGACUAUGACCUGGUUUCACAGACAAGACUUAAAUUCAGAUGUUUAAGUAUCUUUUAUAAACAUGCCUUAGUGGUUUGUCUUGAGUCAAAUCAGUGGCGCUGGCUUAUUUUCAGAUCUGUCGGUGAAAGUUAUUUUCAGUUGAGACACCUCAAACGUGGGUUUUAGUCUUGGACUAGCCUAAAGCCUUGUCUUUGAAACCGGGGCUUAAAGUACAAAUAUACUUUAUAGUUCAUGCAGAGACCGUCUGGAGGUGUAGACGCUGUAUCGGUUCAUAGUUGAACGAGUUUAUUUCAUUUUUAAUCUUUAAAUGAGGGACUGACUUCAGAUAGCAGACCAAUGUGGAUUAAGGGCUAGAAUCAAUAUAUACAUUGAGAAACAUUUAAUGCUGUUUGUGUCUCAGUGAUGUGAUUUUUAUUCGUUUGAGGGUUUUGUCUUCAUGCUGUGAUCUCACAAAGCCUCAUUUGUUUCUGUUGCACUGAUUGCACCCAGCGCAUGCGCAGACAUCGUGUUGAGCUUUGACGCUUUUCUCCUCGUGUUUCUCUUCAAUCCACAUCAUCUUCGAAGUUUACAAAUUCUGUGCCUUUCUCUGUGAUAACCAGACUUUACUAGACUUAGCAACUAGGCUAUGCAAAAAAAGAAAUAACCAGCAGCACGCGUUGUGUGCUGUGGUCUGUACGAGCAAUACAGUUUUCACCAUCUCGAUUCCUUUUCGUCUCAUUCAAGAGCUAAAACGUUUAACUACGCUUGUGCACGUGCAUCAUGACGGUUUGUCUCUUUUUGUAAGCGUGUCGUUUGUCCAGGUGUUUUUAAUGGGAUUGUAACUCGUUUAAAUCUGAAUAACCGUGAUUUUUAUACUCAUUGCACAUAACGUUGGGUUUCAGUAAUGGCACUAUGAUGUCUGUCAGGUUACGCUGGUGCUCUGAAAUCUGAAGCCUUUGACAUUGAGCAACACAGAGAGAAGUGCUCGCCUAAAACCUGUAACUUGUGUUUGAUUAAACAUUUGACAGUAGAUUUAUGUCAUUGAUAGCGAUGAUGUGCUUGAUUUCUUAUGGGGUGAUUUUUGUUUUUGCCAAAAUAAGACCUGUGUCGCUUGAAUGAAGGGAGACGAUGUUUCAUUUCUGUCGUCAGGAGGUUCUGACUCCCUGUCGAUGUGUUUCUACUGUCUGCUGUGGUUAUGAUAUAGUCAUUUGUAUUUUAUUUUUAUAAUAAAAAUAAACUUGCUUUUGCACUCCA